AAUAAGAUUCAUUUCUCUAUCACUUCAUCAAAUCUUCUUCCAAUUUUCUACUCCAUUAAUGGCAUAGAAAUCUGAAAUACUCUGUGAAGAGUGAAAUUAACAACCAAAAAUAGAAAAUUAUGAGCAAUUUGAGAUCUAUUUGUAGGCCUCAAGUUGUGUAUUUUUCAAUUACUUGUUGUUGCAGAGACUUAUUGGGAAAAUCAACAGUUAGGGUUUCAACUUGGAACCCUAAUUCAGUUCCUCGAUGGACUAAACCACCGGUGCUGCAACCAUGGUAUCAUACUUCGAGUAGAAUUGAAACUUGGGAUCAUCGAUUGAAUCAGCAGAGGAGAAUGGUGACUACUUCUGCUUAUAAUUGGAACGAUUCAAAGUCUCCCUAUGAAACUCUCGAACUAGAAGGGGAUGCUGAUGUAGAACAAAUAAAAGUGGCAUAUAGACGAUUGGCGAAGUUUUACCAUCCAGAUGUUUAUAAUGGCAGAGGGACACUUGAGGAAGGAGAAACUGCUGAAGCUCGAUUCAUUAAGAUUCAAGCUGCUUACGAGCUUCUUAUAGAUGCAGACGAACGGAGAAAAUAUGAUAAAGACAAUCGAGUAAACCCCAUGAAGGCAUCCGAAGCUUGGGUGGAGUGGCUAAUGAAAAAGCGAAAAGCAUUUGACCAACGAGGUGAUAUGGCCAUUGCUGCAUGGGCUGAACAGCAGCAGCUAGAAUUAAAUCUGAAGGCCCGCCGCCUUGCUCAUUCAAAGAUGGAUCCUGAAGAAGAAAGGCGAAUCAUUGCUAAAGAGAGAAAGGCUUCUGUGGAGAAUUUUAAUAUUACGUUAAAGCGGCAUACACUUGUCUUAAGGAAAAGAGAUAUAAUGCGGCGAAAAGCAGAGGAAGAAAAGAAAAGAGUCAUUAGCAGGCUUCUGGCUGCUGAAGGUCUGGAGCUUGCGGAGGAGGACGACAAGAAUCUAUAGAAGAUGCCACGCGUAUUGGUUCGCCUCCAUGGACCUGGUGAAGAAUACAGUAUCUUGGAAAGCUACUUCAGGUUAAAACAAUGUGUUGUGCAAUACAGGAAGAAAAGCUGUAUAUAUGAUAUCUCCCAUAUAUCACUUUACAAAUGAAAAAAUAGUUAUCUUUUUAAGUUAUUUAGAUGAGCAUCAAUCAUAGGUUAACUUUGUACUAUACUGAACUUGGCAAGGUUGAAACGUUUAGUUUUC